AUGGAUGAAGUGUCACUCAGCGAGUUUGGGGAGUGGACAGAAAUUCCUGGUGCCCAUCACGUCAUUCCCUGUGGCUUCAUUAAGAUUGUGGAACUCUUGUCGUCCUCCAUCGCACAGUCUGUCAUCCAACUGCGCAAACCUGUCAAAAGCAUCCACUGGAAUCGUUCCAUCUGCAAGCGCAUUGAGGGGGACAAGGGCUAUCCCGUCUUUGUUGAAUGCGAAGACUACGAGUUCAUCCCUGCCGAUCAUGUGAUAGUUACGAUUUCACUGGGAGUCUUGAAGAAAUUCCACGAGACACUGUUUCACCCACGCCUUCCAGAAGACAAAAUCUUGGCCAUCGAGAAGCUAGGGAUCAGCACCACCGAUAAGAUCUUCCUAGAAUUCGAAGAGCCAUUCUGGAGCCCAGAGUGUAACAGCAUCCAGUUCGUCUGGGAGGAUGAGGCAGAAAGUGAGAGCCUGACAUAUCCAGAGGACUUGUGGUAUAAGAAGAUCUGCAGCUUCGAUGUGUUGUACCCUCCAGAGCGAUACGGUUAUGUGCUUAGCGGUUGGAUCUGUGGGGAGGAGGCAUUGAUCAUGGAGAAGUGUGACGACGAGACUGUUGCCGAAACCUGCACUGAACUGUUGAGAAAAUUUACAGGGAAUCCAAACAUUCCAAAACCUCGACGUAUCCUGAGGUCCUUCUGGGGCAGUAACCCGCACUUCCUUGGCUCCUAUUCCUACACGCAGGUGGGCUCCAGCGGGGCAGAUGUGGAGAAGUUGGUCAAGCCACUGCCUUAUACAGAGAGCUCCAAAACUGCUCCCAUGCAGGUGAUGUUUUCUGGAGAGGCCACCCAUCGAAAGUAUUACUCCACCACCCACGGUGCUUUGCUCUCUGGCCAGAGGGAGGCGGCCCACCUUGCCGAAAUGUACCAAGAUCUCCUGCCAUGCAAAAACUGA